UUUUAAAUAUUUCUCGAUCAAUGUUUAAGCGAAAGACAUCUUGUAUUUAUCAAGGACGUGUUAUACAACCAAUUAUUUGGAGAAAUGUUCUUAGUAAACAACAAAAUAUUCAAAAUUUUACUUCCGCAGCGGAAAAUUUAGAAAGUGUAAAUUCUGUAAAUUCUGUAAAUGAACAAAAUCAACAAAUUCACACACCACCGCCCACGCCACCUAAUCCACCUAAUCCUAUACCGGCAGAAAUCCUUAAAGCCUCUUUACCAUUUGUUAAUCAAUAUGGAUGGUCGAUUGAUGCGCUGUCACAAGGAGCAAAGACAUUGGGAUACCCUAAUAUUAGUCAUGGUUUAUUUCCCAAAGGUGGAGCUGAAUUAAUUGAUUAUUUUUUAGAAGAUUGUAGAAGAAAAAUGUCUCAUGAAAUUUUUGAUAAGAUGAAUGGAUUAAAAGUACAUCAAAAAAUACGUUUUGCGUGUGUAACCAGACUUAAUCUUACAAAACCAUAUAUAAGAAAAUGGCCUGAGGCACUUGCAAUUAUGGCACAACCAAAUAACGUUUCGAUGGCAGUUGAGCAUUUAGCGAAAUUAGUCGAUGACAUGUGGUAUCUCGCGGGCGACAAAAGUGCUGAUAUGAAUUGGUAUUCUAAACGAGCAAUUCUUGCAGCUAUCUAUACAUCUACGGAAUUGUAUAUGACGCAAGAUACAUCACCAGAUUUUACAGGAACUUACCAAUUUUUAAAUAGAAGAUUACAAGACAGUGCAACAUUUGGAAGUUUAAUUAAUGAAAUUAAUACUUUUGCCAAUUUCGCUGCUAAAUCUACUAUUGGAAUUCUAUCAUCUAAAGGAAUAGGAAGAUUCUAAUAUGUAUAUAUGUAUAUACUUUAUUUGCUUUUCUUAAGUUCAGACCCUAGCAUAAAAAAUCAAUCCCACAAGAACAUCAGCCUGCCUAGAAAGCCAGCUGUUGCUCCAGUGGGUCCAGUAGAAACCUUUUGUAUCAGAUGGUAACCUAUAAAGUCAUUUAUUCGCCAGUACUGGUUUCGUGGCUUAGUUAAAACCCUUGAUGACCGUACAAUCUCAAUAAAAAAUUAAUUUUCACUUGCAUUUUUAAACCCGUUGAGAAGCAAUUGUGCUCC